CCUCGUUCGCAGUCCACCUCCUCUUUCACAGCCAGAGAGAAACCUGAGGGAACCAACCAGCCAAGGCAUCUCAUCAUCAUCAUGAGGAAGAUCACCGGCAAACACUUGUUGUGCUUCUUCCUGCUUGCCUUGCCGCUGUCCUGGGCAGAGGACACCAAGAAGGAUGUGCGGAAAAGGGAGAAUGUGACAGUUUGGAGCCAAGCGAAGAAUAGACGGCUGUUUGCAAGGCAAAAGAUUUCUCCACCACGCCAAAGUGUCGCUCCCAAGCACAAGUCGAACCUCGUAACUCCGGCGCGUCGCUGCGGACGCUUGAUGGAAAGCUGCUCCCCUCACCUGCUGUGCUGCGACCCCUGCGCCUCCUGCCGCUGUCGACUCUUCAACACCAUCUGUCACUGCUGGAGGAUGAACCCCCUCUGCUUAAAGAGGACCUAGAUGGAGCACGCACAUGCAUGCACAUGCACGCAAACACAUCACAACGCCUGAACAUAUAUUGUGGUUGACAAAAGAGCACGGAAAGACUCACAUCUGCUCUGUGGGUUUGUCUGCACAAAUGCAGUUAAGAGAUUAAACUUCAAAAUAAAAUCGAAGCAUUUCGAAAAAUGCUUCUGAUAUUAUGUGAGGCAUUUGUUUACAUUUGUUUGUAUUUAUUCAAGAGUUCUUCUGUCUUCAGCGGCAAAAAGUAUGAAAAAAAAAUACUCACAGAAAUCUUUGCACAGUGUUAAAAUUAUCUUAAAACAGCAUAUGUAUGCAUAAAAAGAGAUGGGUGACGUGCUUUUUCAUGUAUGUAGACAAUCUGAUAUUAACUGUGUGUUGCAUUAUGGGUAUUUCCCACAUUUUUGCUGCUUUUGAAUAUCUUGCUGCUGGGGAUACCUGCAAGUAAAUUUACUUUGGAACAUAAAUGUGUUGUUGCUUUUAGACUUAAUGAGGACCAAAUGGCAUUUACUUAUGUAUCCCACGCCUUGAAAAUGAGAUAUAUAUGUUUGGACUUGCCUGCCUCUUGUGGAUUAAGGAGUUUAUAUUUUUGCUAUUGAAUAAACACACUGUCAGCCUAAA